AUGCCUACCUCGGGCAAAACCCCGAAUCCAGGCGCGGGUAGCAGCACCAAAGACAUCUUGGGGGCGCCGGUUCUUUAUCGAGAAUGGGGCUACCGAUUUACCCGCCUUGAAGAAUAUCCCUACGCCAUCAAGGCCUUCAACGCGUCGCAAGCCCACGCGGAAACCAGUGACCUCAGGACACUGCUAGGACUGAGCGUGGCUCUGAGUCGACACACGAAAUACCAUGAGGCCGCUGAGGUCAUCGACAAGUGCAUGGAAAUAGACCCGCAGAACCUGCGGGUGAAAUGGAGACGCGUCGAAACACUCUUUGAGAUCGCGGAAUUUGGCUACAGUCUGAUACAUGCGCACCAAGGAAUGCAGCAGCACGAGUUCCCCUUUGAGUUGGGAGUAUUUCAAGGAAACGAAACAGUCCUCGACUGUAUUGGACGCAACACCUCGCCGAUUGCCCUUAGAGAACUUUUCCCGUGGAUUCAAAGAGUCCAGAAGCGACAAAUGGAACUGAUUGCAAAGCUCGGCGAGGAGGAGGACGAGUUUGCGGCCAUCGACGACGAGAACACCAGGCUGAAGGUAAACGAUCCGGUGGCAAAGUUGGAGGCCUAUCUGAGACAGCUUCAUCGCGUACUGGCUGAGACCUACCUAGGGCUGAUGGCUCACGACAAAGACACGAUGGAAAAGACCCUCAACUCUAGCGCAGUCUGGUCAGCGAAUGCGAAAAGCAGCAAGGAGAUUUACGCUUUGGCUGAAGAGUCAUACCAGAAGUCCUGCUAUCGACAAGACGUCCUCCGCAUACGCAAACCCUACUACACCCGACGAUUUAACCGGAAAGCCUGGCCGCUUGGACAUAAGAGAAACGUUCUGCAUCUGAAGCAGAUCCGUCGUGACAAUAUCAUUAUUGAAGCGGAUUUCCUACUAUUACGAUUGCACGCUGCGAGAAUGAAGCGAGAUUACCCACUCUUCUUCCAGUACCUCGACCGCGCAAAGGACAAGUUCGAGUCUUAUAGUAACCGAAUGUUUCCAUUCAAACAGAAGUGCCUGAACACUAUAUACAAGAUGGCUGCCUGGGCUUACAUAGACCCGAGAAAUCUAACUUGCCUCGAAGGUGAGACAAAGAUACGCUAUCUGAAACAUCACCUGGGAAUAAGAGUUGCCAAAUUACCGCGGGACUCGGAUCUUGGGUGGGUACCAACGACGAACAUUAAACACGCUCUCAAGGUCUUUCGUCACCGGCUUUCACUCGCUUCGGAACCCCUUGAACUCGCUUGGCUCUUUCACGAUCUCUGCAAGCUCAACUUCGAGACACUGCGGUUUGACCUUGCUCGUUUUUACGCGAAAAAGGCGCGGGACGCGAGUGCCAAUGCCAAGAACGAGCAUUGGGCCUUGAACGCGAAUCAUAUUCUCCUCAGGAUUGAGGUUGUGCAGCACAAUCGAAACGAGGCGCGGGAGGCUGCUCAGGUCGCCAUGCUGAAUGCUAAACGCCUCGGCAUCGAUUACCUCGUCGAUUUUUAUCAGAAUGCGAUUUCGCUGGUCGACGAAAUUGACUUCGAGUCGAGAAGCGGAGUCGACAGCAUCAUGAAACGACAGAUGCUUAUCGUCGAUCUAAUGCCAGAGGAGUUGAAAAACCGCGUGGACUUUCUUUUCCGCAGUAUGAACGUCGUCCCAGCCAGACGCCGACUCUCUGUCAUGCCAGGCUGCAAGGCCUUCAAUUACAAAUUCCCCAUGCCUUGUCGCCGAAAUUCGAUAUUCCCUGCACCACCUAGAGAUCCCGAAAAGGAAGCCCGGAAUGCCUUACUCCAGCAGUACGCUCCCACUCGCGGUGCCCUCGGCUGGGUGGACUUUGAGGACUACUAA